AGUCAUGAAGGAAAUUAAAGCUAAUUAACGCGUUAGCCGUAGAUAAUAACAACUACAUUAUCAUAUCCUGUCUUAGUUUCAAAAUACGACAGAGUCGUCAAAACGCGGAGUGUAAACAAAGAAGAAUGCAAGAAAAUUCCAUGAUUUGCUUUCUAUAUAUAAAACACCUAACGUGCUUCAAGGCCCUGUGUCGAAGCAUUCUUAUCAUCUCCCCAAAGCAUAUUGUUAUUGUCAAGGGCUUAGCUAUGGCCAUAGCAGUUGCUUUCCUCCUCCUCCUCGUCGCUUCUCCGACAGUGUAUGCAGUCAAUUAUAUUGUUGGUGACAGCAGUGGCUGGAGCCAAGGUGUCGAUUACAGUACCUGGGCUCAGGGAAAAACGUUCAAUGUGGGCGACACUCUUUGUAAGUUUCAAAUUAAACAUGUUUCACAUAUAUAAAUUUAGACUUAAUUUAACAAAUCAUCUAUUAAUUUUUAUAUUAUUUUCAGUUUCAUUUGUUAUAUUUAAAUUCUUUCAAUCCUGUUUAUUAUCUUUCACAUUUAUUUCAAUUUCAUCUAAUCCAUUAUCUUCAACUUUAAUGAAAAUCUUCGUAUUUU